UGUACAACCGGUGCAUUUAUCACCUUACGUCAGGGAAGGACCUGGACUAAAAUCCAAUCGGACAAUUUUAAAUUGUUUCGGGAUUUCAAUAAACUUUUAAAACCUUCUCUUAGCCAAGAAGCUAAAGAUGAACGUUAUAAAUUUGCUGAAAAUCAUUUACAUUGGACUGUAAAUGAUUGGAAAAAA